AUGGCCGCCAUACUCCAGAGACCCGCACCGCUACCAGACCGCGCUGCCACGCCUCCUCCACAACUCUCAAUAAACACCUCGCAGAGAGGCACGCCCGCGCCCAUCCCCAACAAACACCUACCAUUCUGUUCGCCUGGUCCGCGCCCAGCGUCGCGUCAGCUCGAUACCCCGCCCGCAUCGCCGCCGUCUCCCACACAUCUGAUCGAGACGACCUCGUUGACCUACCCGCCCAAUGGCUUCGAGAGAGUCUUCAACGAUCCGCCCGUGUAUUCAAUCAACGCAGACAAACUAGCGCAAUCGCUCGACUUUCUCGCAUCCCAACCGCUGCCGUCCCCCAAGCAAGUCUUCCCGUGGCUUCACGGCUUGCACGCGGAGAACCAGCUGCAACUCGCCUUCUUCAUCGCCCGCAAGAAAUCUCUCUGUCGAACCCCGAAAUGCAUUCGCGGAAUCACCGUCGUCAAAGCAGGGAGCGAUCUCUCGCACAGCCGGAUCAAAGGUGCCAUUGCGCACGAAGAGAUCCUGCGGCCACUGCAGCAAGCCAGGAACAAGCAAGUCGAAGAGCCGGAGUUCCUCGACUCGGACCCCAGAGAUGGAUUCAGUGUGAGGAACUUCCAGAUCCAGGCGUGUAAGAUGGCGACCGUGAGCGAUAUUGUCGUGUAUGGCGAUCAUCAGACGCCGCGGGAAGAGGUGGUCAAACUGGCCAAGAGGAUAUCCAGAGCACAGGCGGCGUGGCAGAAGAACACGGAGUCUUUGACCACGCCCGGUCGGCUUUUUAAUACGUUCGUCCUGUCCGAUGACUACACCGUUGUUGAGUGUGAUCACCCCGAUUUAAUACAAUUAGAUUCGGAAGGCUGCAUGACUGGCAAAGUCAUGGACUUCUUCCACUGGGAGCGAUUGGAAAUGUGCUCCAUGUCUGCGCCCAGCGAAAUAGCACCAAACAUCUGGCUGGGUCCAACACCGGAUCCCAACCUACAACUGGGCCCCAAUGGAGGGCUUUGCUGUAACGACAACCAACCUGAGUUUGAUCUUUUGAUCGAGUGCAACGAUAUUGCACAGAUUCCGGACUCCAAGGCGUUCAAAUUCUUAGAAGAGCAGCUGGAGAGACGAGAUGUCGAUGAAAAUGUCGUCCAUCAACUCGAAUUCCCAGGCUCAGGAGCGAUCAUGCCACCCACUUGGUCUCAGGCUGAAGUUGACGGCCUUCUGGCGACCUGCGAGUGGAUGUACAAGCAGGCCAACAGUGCGAGCGCCGAAUUGAACAAGCGACGAGACAGCAAGCUUUCUCUCACACCACCGUUGGACGCGGAUGGUGACAGUUUCAUGCACAGCAGCUCAGGGACCGACUCUGGCAGGAAGAUACUCAUUCACUGCACAGACGGAUACACCGAGUCCUCGCUUCUGGCACUGGCAUACUACAUGUACGCCAAUUGCGUGCCAGUCCACGAUGCGUGGCUUCAGUUACACCGCGAAAAGGGUCGCAACUUCUUCGCGUACGGUUCAGAUGUCCACCUGCUCCGCGCGAUACAACCACGUCUCCUACAGGCAUCACCAAACCACUCUGGAGACAUCAGGCAACUCUGCCCAACACCUCCAGACUGGCUGGACAAAAUGGACGGCUCGCUUCCAAGCCGCAUCCUGCCGUACAUGUAUCUCGGAAACCUUGGACACGCCAACAACCCCAGCUUACUGGAGGAGCUCGGAAUCGGCCAGAUCCUCAGCGUGGGAGAGCCCGUGACUUGGCCGACGGAGACGAUGGAGCGGUGGCCGAAAGAGAAUCUGCUGUUCGUGGACAAGGUGCAAGAUAAUGGCGUCGAUCCUCUGACAGAGGAAUUCGGCAAGUGUCUGGAGUUUAUUGAAAACGGCCGCAGGAAGGGCACGGCCACGCUGGUCCACUGUCGAGUCGGCGUCUCGCGGUCCGCGACGAUAUGCAUCGCCGAGGUGAUGAACGAGCUGGGCUUGUCGUUCCCUCGAGCAUACUGCUUCGUCCGCGCGCGGCGGUUGAACGUGAUUAUUCAACCCCAUCUGAGGUUCUCGUACGAGCUCCUCAAGUGGGAGGAAUUCCAAUGCCAGAAGCGUGGAAAGCCGUUGCGUCGGGAACUGGAGUGGGCUACCAUUGCCCGUGAGGUCGCGGCUAUGAAUAAGCCGUAUUCGAGGCAGGGAUAG